ACUUUUAGUAUGAUUUUUGUCGUCACCGGGUUUAUCACGCGCGUUUCGAGAGCUCCCCGCUGCUUCGGAAAGACAAACAUCCGCGGGCCGUCUGAAGUUCUAGAACUAGACAGUGUCGUGCCGUACGCUGUGUUGACAUCUUACACAUCUGUGCUUAGUGGAUGGUUGCAAUUCUGAAUUUUGAUUAAUGAAGAAAAAUUAAUUCGAUCAGUGUUUUCUAAAUAUUCCUGUAAAAUUGUAGUGGUUCACAUCCAAUAGUGGCUUACCGAGAGAUAAAAUCCAACAGGUGAAAGUGAAGACAAGCGGGUCACUAAACGUUGAUCUAUCGUUCGUCAGAAAAAAACGUUUUUUCUGGACCAGUAGCGUAUAUUUAUAGUGAUUGACAAUGGUGAACGUGAUACAUGCAGUGGUGAAUGUGAUAGGAGCAGUGUUGGUGCUCGCAACCGCCCAGACCGAUGCCAUCCGAGUGUAUUGGAACACAAACACUGGUCCGAUCAUUCCUCCAACUCCAACACCUGUGCCAGUACCGCAGCCACCUUUUCGAAAUCCGGCGCCGGUGUGGGAGAAUCGAUCGAAUGACUUACCGAAUCCUAACCCUUACAUUUACAUUCUCCCACCACCUUCGCGACCGAAAUACACCGAUAUCACUCAGCAACGCAAGCUGAGUCAGCAGGAAAGCGCGGUUCAUCCGACCAUAACCACACCUUCUGCCAGUUCGACCCUGGCACCCACAGGAAGAAUAAUCACUCGACCAGAACAGGAUAACAACCAACAAGUGCCAGCCAUAAACAGUAGCCAGAAUCAAAGUCAGAGCCAUCCGAAUGGUCACACAGUUCCUAGCCUGUCCGUUCAGUACGUACCGAACCGAGGUUACAAUUAUUACGCCGUUGUUCCGGCGCAUCAGGAGGUUCCCAGCAAGAGUGCUUAUUUGAAAACGAAUGACGCGUUACUGGGCAAGUAUCAGCAGUACGACAAACCCAACGGAAGGUACAAUGCCAAGCUGAAGAAAUACAAGGCAUUCGAGAAGGCGAAAUAUGUGCCGUAUUACAUGUACUUCGGUGUGCCAAAACAGCAAAACAUCUACUCCACCGAUUCAACAAAGGCUGUGAACAAUAAUCUGUGAGCUGAAGAAAGAGCGUGAGAUGAAGACGGCUGUCAAUUGCUGUCAACUGCAAACAAAAUCCCACACAAAAAAAGCAUUUCGGCAAACGUAACUUCUUGCUGCAACCAACCGGACGUAAGGCAUUGUUGGCAGACUGUAAAACAGUCCGCAGCAUACCGGUACAACUUGAAAUUUUCGAAGAAUGUGACGUGAAACUCAUUUAAAUUAGGUUACCUACUGGAUUGGUCAGAUCCUGACGAUAUCUAUUACCUCUUUUCAUUAGACGUAAGAUCAAAUAUCACAACAGAAAUGCAUUCAAAGUGAAAUGAGUUGUUGAGCUAUUGUAGAUUUGAUAAAAAUUUCAGGUAAGAAAAUGUAAUUAUUUGAAGAAUGAACUGUAAAUAAAUGUAUUAUAAACCAA